GUUGAUAUCUCUUCACGGUUGAAUGUCAAGGCAUUGUAAACAUAGCAGACAGUUUGAUGAAGCGUGAUUUUUUUUUUGACAACUAUUAAACCCGGCGUGCUUGCAAUUUUAUGUCAUUUAUACUGGUGCACUCAUGAAGAGAAGUUCUUUUGAACUUGAAUAUGGUAUUUUAGUUGAGCCAGCACUGCUGACAUAGAAAACAUUAGAUAUAGUCUGUUGUUAGAUUUCUAUUUCAUCAGAUUUGGACUUGGACUGGAGUGCGUUUUGUUUGUCACGUAAGCCAAGAAGAAGAACGGCCAAAGCAAAGAACUAGCAGACACGGUCUCAGAUUCCGGGAAAUUGCAGAUAUUUAAUCUGUUUUCCUGUAUCUAAACUAAAGACUGUUAGUACUAAGUGUGCAAAAUGACUGCUGGAAAGCGUGUUGUCAAUGUGAUUAACUUAGGGCGUAUGGGAUAUUUACGUGCCAAUGAUGUUCAGAUGCGACAUGCUAGACAACAUUUGGAUGAAUUGGCAGGAAAGCCAUCUAGUAAGGGCACAAAUGUUUUACUCUUGGUAGAGCAUACCCCAGUCUACACUGUAGGGAUUCGUAAUCAACAAUACAGCCACGAAGAUGCUUUUCGAUUAAAGUCAUUAGGUGCUGAGUAUUACAAGACAAAUCGUGGCGGCUUAAUAACUUUUCAUGGACCAGGUCAGCUAGUUGCCUACCCAGUUUUGAAUCUUCAACAUUUUCAGCCCAGUAUGAAGUGGUACAUUUCAGCAUUAGAAAACACACUUAUCAAAACCUGUCAAAAAUUUGGAAUAACUGCUCGAACAACAGCUGACACUGGAGUAUGGGUGGAAGACCGAAAAAUUGCAUCAAUUGGUGUACAUGGUAGUCGCUUUGUCACAACUCAUGGAUGCUCACUGAACAGCAACAUUGAUUUAAACUGGUAUAAACAUAUUGUACCUUGUGGACUUCAGGGAAAAGAAGUUACCUCUCUUACCAAGGAGACAGGACAAGAAGUUCCACUCAGUGACGCCAUUGGUCCUUUCUUAUCAUCUUUCCAAGAGAUUUUUGACUGUGAUUUAGAAUAUAAUUUGUUAGAAGCUCACGAAAUGGAAGAGUUAAUAGCUAACCAACAUGUUCUCACUCAGCGAAUGCAGAAUAUUCAACAAUGUGUGCGUCAAAUGUCAACAUCAGCAGUUCACCAGCCACAAGCUGCCGAUCCGAUAAUCGCUAAUCCUAUGUGGUAGAAUUAAAUAUUACUUGAAGAACAAACAAUGGUGCCAUACUAGGUACAUGUACAUCUACAAUUAUUUCAAUGCAAUUCCAUUAUUCCGGUUCAUGCUGUGAAAACCGGGACCAAAACUUGUUAACUGCAAUAUUGAAAUGUUAUGCCAUGCCAUAUAUCAUUUUUUGUUUAUCAUCAGAAACAAAGGUGCAGUAUGCUUGUUAUAGGUAGAACCUGAACGUUAUUGGUACUUUGUAAAGUGUAUAAUAUACACAUGUUUGAAUGCAGAUUGUUCAUACAUAAAAUUGUUGAGCUUGUGUGUGUGUAGCUUGGAGUUUGUUGCCUGCACUGCCUGAUGUAGAAUUAAUUCCUAAAACCUGUUAACAUUCUUAUGAACAGUGCAUGUAUAUUGUACAAUAUUUCAUGAUACUGUAUAAAAAGUGAAUUGUACAAAGCUGUAUCUAAUACAAGCAUUAAGAUUAAUAUUUAUUCAUCUCACUUUGUAACCUGAUAUAUGUAGCACAUUUAAUUUUUAAGCUCAUGCUACAAUGCUUCAUUACAGUGUUAUUUGUAUGAAACAAUCACAUUAAUAUUUAACAACUGAAAUGAAAACUUAUUGAUUGAGUGGGCUAGAUGUAAAGAUAUUGAAACUCCUUCAGUAGAUUAGUGUUAUUUUUGCUCAUAGACAAAUUCAUUGAAGAUACAUUAUGGGAGAUUAGAUAAAGAGCUGACAGUUUUCAAUAUAAUAGUUCAAAACUAGAUAAUGUAAAGGGUAUUUGCCGAAAAUCCUGAACUGAGAAUUUAGCGAUUGAAUUUUCGCCCUAGCCGCUAUCAUCAUUACUAAAGUCGGUACAAUAAAAAACAGUCUAGAUUAUCCAUUUCAUGAUUAAAUCAUGAAUGAAAGUUGAGCAGCAAAUCGGAUCCUAAUCCAGUAAAUAUUGCCGGCUAGUGAUGACAUCGAGAGUGGAUUAAGGUCUGGAUAAGUUAAUUAAUGUCUAAUUAAUAAUUUAGAUACAUGUAACAUUUCAGACCUAAAGAAAGACCCGAAAUAGGCAGAUUUAGCUCUUGCAUUAUGUAUGUUUAACAAAUAAAGUCUGGAAAUGUACGUGAGCUGAAUCAUCCAGAUUUUGAAAUCCCAUAAUAUUAUUAAUAUUAUGAUAUUUGACUUGUAUAAGUUUACUAGGUUCUACAUUAAAAGUAUGUAAAGUUGUAGCCUCGCUUACGUUUUGUGGUUUGUAAUAUAUUUAUUUAUUAUAGGUUAAUUCAAUAAUUUUGUUACUUUAAUGUACGGAUCAACAUUAGUGAUAAUAAAAACAAAGUCAGAAUAAAGGUCAUUUUAAAACUCUGAUGAAUCUUGAUAAAUAAAUAAUAACUAGUUCACUAGUAUUAUCUGAUCAAUUGUAUCUUAUAUUUCAAGAUAUUAAUUGUUUAUAAGUUUAAUCUAAAAUAAUGUAUUAUUAUCCAUCUACAUAUGUUGACAAAUCUAUCCAUACUAGUAUGUGGGUGUUAUUGGAACUUGAUAAAAUAAAUUAGCCUGUAUGUAGUUAAAAGUCAAUAACACCUUUCAACCAAAAUAACAUGAUGUAUGCCAGUGGCUUUAAAUACUUCUCCGUAAACUCAAGGGCUCUCAAAAUCUAGAUUUAACUCUUUGUUGAAAUAAAAUCUGUACUUACUGUUUGCAAAAACUCAAUAUAUUGGAUUGAUGAAAUAGGUUAAAUCUAUUGUAUGGUGUGUAAAUGUGUAUGAUAUUCAUAUGUAAAUAUAUAGCUUUAAAUGAUUCAGUUGUUCUAUUUAGUGCUUUAUGUUAGUAUUUACCAUUGUUUUGAGUUUUAUCAAUUGCUGUUUAUUUCUCAUGUUACUGUUUGUAUAUAAACUUCUAUUAAACUGU